UGGAGUAGAAGCAUAUGAAACAUUAAGUCAAAUUUUCAAAGAUUCAAAUUGGGGUGUAAGUGAAUAUAAAAACCAACAACAAACCUGGGUAGUUUUAGUAUCUCAAGAUACGAAUCAAAUACAACCAAAAAUGGUUAUUCAAUGGAGACGUAAGAAAAUUAAAGAUGAGAUAAACCAUGUUUCAGAAGCAG